GUCGGUCUGCUGCUAUGCCCGUUUGGCGUGUAGUUGAGGCUACGGAGGUAAACAAGAUGACUGCGCGCGCAUGAAUUGGCUUUCGGCAAUAAGAGGUUAAAAAAAGCCCAAAACACUAAAUCUGUCGUGAGAAUAGACAUAGCGCUUGAAGAAAACCGUGAAAAUGUUUAAAAAUACGUUCCAGAGUGGCUUCUUAUCAAUUCUGUAUAGCAUUGGUAGCAAACCAUUACAGAUAUGGGAUAAAAAAGUUAGAAAUGGACACAUUAAGAGAAUCACAGACAAUGACAUCCAAAGCUUGGUUUUGGAAAUUCUUGGUAGUAAUGUCAGUACUACGUACAUCACAUGCCCAGCUGAUCCUAGAAAAACAUUGGGUAUUAAAUUACCAUUUUUAGUCAUGAUAAUUAAAAACUUGAAGAAGUAUUUUACCUUUGAAGUACAAAUCAUUGAUGAUAAAAAUGUCAGACGUCGUUUUCGAGCAAGUAAUUAUCAAUCUACAACAAGAGUCAAACCAUUCAUUUGCACCAUGCCGAUGAGACUGGAUGAUGGGUGGAAUCAAAUUCAAUUCAACCUGGCAGACUUUACAAGACGAGCUUAUGGUACAAACUACGUAGAAACUUUAAGAGUACAGAUUCAUGCUAAUUGUCGAAUACGAAGAGUGUAUUUCUCAGACCGUUUAUACUCGGAGGAUGAAUUACCAGCUGAAUUCAAAUUAUUUUUACCGAUACAAAACAAAGCUAAAUGUUAACUAUGACAAAGUUUACUCAAGGAAUAGGAAUCAAGUGCUUUUUAGAUAGGUAAAAUAUUAUAAAAAUUGAAAAUACUUUACCAAUACAAUUUAUUAAGGAAUAUAUUUAAAUUUUUUAAAUUUUUGUAUGCAACAUGAUGAUAAUUUUUUAUUGACACUUCUAUAGGCAGUAUUUAGUAUUAUUCAAGUACAUAAGUGUAAAAUUAACUUAAUCAUGUAAAAUUACAGUGAAUCAUGUAAAAUAGAUUUAUAAUAAUGGUAUAUGUGCACUGUCAUUUGAUUUUAUACUAUAAAAUGAUAAAUCUUAGUUGAAAACAAAGCUUAUUACACCAAAAUGAUACAACUAGGUCAAGUUGGAUAAUUUUUUAAUAAUUGAACAAUUAAUGAGCUAUGAAUGAUGUUUGAUUUUGCCAAGAAUGCUGUAUUGUUUCGAAAACUGUUGAAAAAUGAUAGAACAAGAAUUAAAUUCAAUAUGAAUUGUAUAAAAAAAGAUGUGAUCCCGCAAUAACAGGUGUAUUGAUUUUUUUUUCGUGAAAAAAUGUAAUGUUGUGAUGCACACCCCUCUUUGCUCGGGGUGGUAACGAAGGCCGCGGAUAAGUAUUUACCUUAUUACAGGUACAAUCUUAAUGGUGUGUAUCUGUGAUUACUUUUAUCAUAUAGUUCAACUUUGGGCAUUUUAUAUAUUAAAGUUACUUUUUUAAA